GCGAGCAGCGCUGGAGCAGGGGCCGGACGGAGUGGGGCGCGCGCAGCAUGGCGGAAGCGGAAGGGAGUUCGCCGCUCCUGUUGCCGCUGCCACCGCCCCCGCCGGGGAUGGCGGAAGUGGAGGCGCCGACGGCGGCCGAGACGGACCAGAAGCAUUUCAGCGGCUCGGGCAGCAGCGCCAUGGACGUAGAACGGAGCCGCUUUCCCUACUGCGUGGUGUGGACGCCCAUCCCGGUGCUCACGUGGUUUUUCCCCAUCAUCGGCCACAUGGGCAUCUGCACAUCCACAGGAGUCAUUCGGGACUUUGCCGGCCCCUACUUUGUCUCGGAAGACAACAUGGCCUUUGGGAAGCCUGCCAAGUACUGGAAGCUGGAUCCUGCUCAGGUGUACACUAGCGGGUCCAACGCAUGGGACACUGCUGUGCAUGAUGCCUCUGAGGAGUACAAGCACCGCAUGCACAGUCUCUGCUGUGACAACUGCCACUCACAUGUGGCAUUGGCCUUGAACCUGAUGCGCUAUAACAACAGCACCAACUGGAACAUGGUGACGCUCUGCUUCUUCUGCCUGCUCUAUGGGAAGUAUGUCAGUGUCGGGGCCUUCGUGAAGACCUGGCUGCCCUUCGUCCUCCUUCUGGGCAUCAUCCUAACUGUCAGCCUCGUCUUCAACGUUCGGUGAUGGCUGCCUCAUGGCCCUGAACCCACCAGGUUCCUGAGGAGGCAGUCGCCACCCCUUUUGGUUCCAGAUUCUUUCUUCUCACCCCAAAAGGCCGGGAUGGGUUUGCUGGUUUUGAUCCAGGGGUCUGGGCUAGAUGGGAUGGAACAAGGGCUGAAGAUGAGCAUGGGGCGGGGGUGUUUGCUUGUUGUGUCUCACAGGUCAGUAAGAAGCUCCCUGUCCCCUCCUUCCCAGGCUUGUGACCCCCGCCCUUGAGGCACCCUCUUUGUUCAUCUGUUGGAAAGGCCUUAGCUUCCCUCUGUAGUGCUGCCCCUGCCACUGCCUGCUGGGCUCCCUCUGCCUCAGCCCAGUGCCCGGCAGGGAAGGGGAGCACAUUUGGACCACCGGACAAGGCAGCCCAGGGGCCAGAGCUGGAUUUGGAGCACAUCUGCCUGCCAGGGCUCUGGUCUCAGGGUGGGUGGAGUACACUAAGAAGUCUCCAUAAGCUAAGCUGCCCUGGGCCCUUCACCACUAGCCUCUAGAAUGUUCUAGUAGGGCUGGAUGGGCCCCCGAUCAGAUGUCUGCGUGAAGCUGCACUAGGGGUGGUUUGUGCCCCAUCUCCUGGUGUCCUCCAGCCCAUGCAGCCCCUGCUUCCUCCUCUCCCUGGGCUCCCCAGCACGUGAGCCCAUCUCCCCAUGCAGUUGGGGGGCCAGGCCGGGGCUCCCCCAGCCAGUCUGGGGAGAUGAGUGAUGCUGACAUGCCCAGAGUGACCCCCUGCAGACCAGAGCAGUGUAAACAGGCUUGGCUCCAGCCCCAGGUGCGGGCCUCACACCGGCGCGCGGGUGACGGUGCCCCGUGGGUCCAGGACACUGGGGGCCGUCAUAGCAGCCAGCACCAUCAGGGAGCUGUGUCCUCCCACCUGCCACAGCCCCCCGUAACUUCAAGUUGUGGGAAGGACGUGUGCUGCCCCUCCUGCCUGCUCUGCAGAUUCCUUGCGCGGGGGCCCCCUGGGCAGGGCAAUAAAGAGUUCG